AUGGGUCGACUUGUGUUAUGUGCGCAACUCACUGAACUGCUCAGCACCUGUAUCAUCUAUAUUGUUAUUGCUGGCGAUUUGCUUCAAAGCUGUGUGCCAUCCGUUGAUAAAUCAGCGUGGAUGAUGUUUGUAACGACGGUAUUGCUGGGUUGCGCAUUUUUGGAAUCCAUUCGUGUUGUCAGUAAUCUUAGCCUGGCAAAUGCUGUUUCGCAUCUGAUUAUUAAUGCUAUAGUGCUGUUCUACUGCAUGCUACAGCUCAACUCAUGCAAUAGUACCUCUUCACUUCAGAUAUCGACAUGGGUCUGGAGCGAAGUGCCAUUCACAUUCCACAUUCGCACAAUGCCCACAGUGAUAGGAGUGGUUGUAUUCGGUUAUACUUCACAUAUUUUUCUGCCAUCGCUGGAGGCAUCCAUGCAGGUUUCUCUUUACCAUUUUCAUAACCGUGCUCAUUCUUCCAGUAACGAAUCCACUUACGGUUUUUUUUAA